AAAAGCAGAGUUUGCUGUGUGGAUGUUUAGAUGAAAGAGGAGGGAAGGAGAGGAGAUAGAUAGAUUGUGAUUUGUGAGAAGGGAGAAGGGAGAGUGGUCAAAAGCGCACCACUGCGGAGUUGCUGGUACGUGUGUUUUAUUCAUUAUAAAAUACAAUAGCUGCACAAGUUUGAAGAAGCGAAUCAAUCUCACACAGCAAUGAAUGACAGAGAUAACUAACUCCACCAGAUUGGUCAAAACUCAAAACACCACGAAUCACAAUGUCCCUUCCCUUCCAUGCCUACCUCAUCCCUCUCCUAUUCCUCACUCUCCCAACCCCUUCGCUCGCCGCCGUUCCAUGCCCCCUCAACAUAACCGUCCUCCGGGUGGUGGGCGGCGGCGCCCGCCCCUCCUUCGACUCCGGGACGCAGUGCCACUACAUCCUCCAGGCCCUCCACCUCCUGCAGGCCGACUACCUCCGCCGCAGCCACCGCUUCGUGCCUCCCCUAAACGCCUCCGACUCCUGCUGGUCCACCUUCCAAUCCUUCAUCAACGAGUUCGAGCCCAGCUUCGACAUCCGCGCCUCCUGCGGCCUCCAAACGGCGUGGAUCUCCCAAGGCUGCAUGAACAUCACCACCAAGCAACAAUUCGAAGCCACCGUCCCCGCCGCCGCCACACAAGCCGUCCAAACGAACUGCAACCAAUCCUUGGACAACAACUCCCCCUGCGCCCUCUGCACCACCAAACUCUCCACCCUCCUCUCCUACUUGACGGGACCCACCGUAGGGAACGUCACCGACUGCAGAGCUUACACUUCCAUCUACGCUGCUUCUCUCUCCGAUCAAUACGGCGCCACCGACCCCGGAACCGCCAAGUGCCUCUUCGGGCUGGAUUUCUCCUCUUCGAACUCCUCCGGUAAGCGUCGGGCCAUUAUCAUCGCCGUUGUUUCGGUUUUUUGUUUGUUGGCCUUGGUUCUCUUCGUUGGGCUUUGGGCUUACUUGAGAUUGAAAAAGAAAAGGGAGGGUAUUGCGAGGGGGAAGGGUACUGAAGUGGGUUCUGGGUUGGGGUUGGAUUCCAUCAGCCAGAGUACCACUUUGAUUCGGUUCACUUUUGAGGAAAUUAAAAAGGCCACUAGGAAUUUCUCUCGAGACAACAUCAUAGGAAGUGGCGGUUAUGGGAAUGUUUAUAAAGGAACCCUCUUGGAUGGUAGUCAGGUUGCGUUUAAGCGUUUCAAGAAUUGUUCUGUUGCCGGGGAUGCUAGCUUCACUCACGAAGUUGAGGUUAUUGCUAGUGUCAGGCAUGUCAACCUUGUUACCCUUAGAGGCUACUGUACUGCCACCACGAAUUUAGAGGGUCACCAGAGGAUUAUUGUCACUGAUUUGAUGGAAAAUGGAAGUCUUUAUGAUCAUUUAUUUGGUUCUGCCAAGAAGAACCUCAGUUGGCCCAUUCGUCAGAAGAUUGCUCUAGGCACUGCUCGGGGGUUGGCUUAUUUGCAUUACGGGGCACAACCUUCGAUUAUCCACAGGGAUAUUAAAGCGAGUAACAUUCUUCUUGAUCACAAGUUUGAAGCCAAGGUGGCGGAUUUCGGGUUGGCCAAGUUCAACCCAGAGGGAAUGACGCAUAUGAGUACCCGAGUGGCUGGAACUAUGGGCUAUGUUGCUCCUGAGUAUGCCUUGUAUGGACAGUUGACUGAGAGAAGCGAUGUGUUCAGUUUUGGGGUUGUGCUUCUUGAGCUUUUGAGUGGGAAAAAGGCUCUUCAAACGGACCAUGAUGGUCAACCCUCGGCACUCACUGACUUUGCUUGGGCGUUGGUUAGGAAUGGUAGUGCUUUGGAUGUUAUUGAAGAUGGCAUCCCGGAACCUGGUCCUCCAGAAGUUCUUGAGAAAUAUGUGUUGGUUGCUGUGCUGUGCUCUCAUCCACAGCUAUAUGCUAGGCCAACGAUGGAUCAGGUUGUUAAAAUGCUGGAGACUGAUGAAUCGGUACCCUCGUUGAUGGAAAGGCCAAUUCCUUUUAUUGCUGGGAGGAUUGAUAUCGAGAAAUCUGCGCUUAGUAACUCGGGUCAGUUAUGCAGUCCAACUGGUUAUCAAGCAUAUACAUUACAAGGUCGCCGCAUAUCUAGUUCUAAGGAGGAGACAGAAGAAGGAAGUUCCGUGUCCGAGGCUGUCACCACAGAUUGAAAUUGCAUGGGGGAAUUGAAUUGUUUUCCACUAGCUGGUGUAGACAUAAUUUUUUUAUACAUUCAGAUUUCAGAUUGUAUCUUUUUUGAAACGUUUUCUGUUGUAAAGGAAGAAAGGGGUGUACAUAAUUUGAUUCUUUUUAGAGUUGUUUCGUUGCAUGGUUUUUU